AUGGCUGAUGUCGGCGAAAAAGACAGGAUGGCUGCCUCUGCGGUUCCCCCCGCAGCGCCCCCUGCAACGGCUCCUGCGACGGCUCCUGCGGUAGCUCCUGCGACGGCUCCUGCGACGGCUCCUGCGACGGCUCCUGCGACAGCUCCCCAGCCUGCGCCUCCCGCCCAUGCGUACGGCGCCCCGCCUGGCGGUGAGAAGCAGCGCGUCACCCAGCCGUCCGACAUGGCCCUCUUCUUCCUCGCGCUGUUCAUCCCGCCCUUAGCUGUGUUCUUCAGCAAGCGCGGAAUCACAUCAGAUUUCUGGAUCAACAUCCUUCUGUGGAUCCUCGGCUGGAUCCCUGGCGUGCUGCACGCCUGGUAUAUUAUCUCGCGAAGCCAAGGCUACGUGUAG